UAGCCAAAAUGGGCCAAGCCAGGCCUAGUUGCUAUAGCAACGCGUGGCGGCGCCUUUUUUAUUUAUUUUAUUUUAUUUUAUUUUAUUUUAUUUUAUUUUAUUUUUGGUGUGUAAUACAGCGUCCAAAUGUGGUAACUUUACCUGCUUUUUAAAAAAUAUGUUUUUUCCCCCAUGCAUAGUUCUUGUAUAGCGAUUAAUUAUAUCAUUGUAAAUGAAAAAAAAAGUGCUUUAAAUUUUAUUUUAAAAAUCAUAUACAGAAUUGAUUCAAUCUAGUAACAUACAAAUUUCUAUCGAACAUAUUUAAAUUAAAAGACAAUACAUACAUCCCAAUGAUAUUUUAACUUUUUAUUGUAAUUUAUUUUAGAUAAAUAAAACACAAUAAAAAUGUUUUUUUAAGAAAAUGAUCAAUUAUUAUUGUGAUAAUUAUGAAUAAUUUAAACUAGCCUCGUUCUGUUUUUACAAAACGUAUGAGCUAAGACCGUUUGCCAUUGGCUCAGACGGUUGCUAAGGGCUACGUGGUUGGCCAAUAGCAGCGUGCUUUGCUCUGCGGUCGAGUUUAUCAUUGCGGCGUCGCUGGAUACGCUGUAGCGCAACAUGUAGAGCUUUUAUGACCAAGUGGCCAAUUUCAUUUGACUGUUGCACUAAUCACCAGUGGUCACAAAAGAAAGGACUGUAUUUGGAGCCCAGGUCCAGAUUUGGAUACCUCUGACCUCUGACGAUGACCGCAGGCUCCAUUGUGGCCCCAUUCAUCAUUCCCAUUCGUGUGCCUCCUCCUGGUAAAGCCAAGCAUGAGAUAGACACCAACACGCCUGUUGAGAUCAAAUCAGACACCCCUGAUGUGACUAUCUUCUACACGCUGGAUGGCAGUAAGCCAGAGGUGCUGAGAAGGCCAGGGUUUGGGAACGACACCCUGACCUACAGCAAGCCCAUUCGAUUACCCAGUGGCAAAGUGUCAGUGAGAGCGGUGGCGGUCACCAGCGAUGGCCGUCAGAGUGCGGUGGUCACUAAAGUCUUCCUCGUGGAGCAUGUUCCCUCUGAGCUGCAAGAAGAUUCAGAGGAAAACCAGGACGAGGUGGAUUACUCCCUCAAGAACACGGAGCAAAGUGACUCCAAACGCGAUAGCAGUGCCUUUCUGAGUGGUGCUGGAGAUGCGUCUGGGAAACAUUUAGAUAUCCCCCACACUGGACCCCGACGUGCUCGAAAAGGCCCUCGCUUUCUGGCCCAGCGCUUACACACCGCACCUGCAGCCUUGCCUUCGAAACACACACAGAGUGCAUCCACUGUGGAGAGCGUGUUCAAAACCCUGACCAGCACACAGAUGUCUCGCAUCCAGAGAGAAACAGAUUUCCUAAGGUGCUCUAAGUGUUUGAGUCAUCGCCCCUCGGACCCCUUCGCCCGGUUCUGCCUGCACUGUGGCGCUCCGGUACCUCCAAUCCCAGGACAAAGGCUGCCUCCUACUGAGGGUGGACAGAUGGUCCUGUGUGUGCAGUGCAAAAGCAGGGUCCCAGCAAACACGUCCUCAUGUGUGGUGUGUGAAGCACCACUGGCUCCACAGCUUCAACCACAGGCCAGCCUGAGGCUGAAGGACAAAGUGGUCUGUCACUCAUGUGGAACAGGAAAUCCCGCCCACAUCACCUACUGUGUGACUUGUGAGACCAAACUACCUCAGGCUGACAGCCCUGUUUUGAGCGGUCAGCGUGCUCCUCCUCUGCCCUGCUCGGAGGGAAAGAUGGUGUCCUGCUCUAAAUGUAAUAGAGUAAAUCACUCCGAUGCUCGAUUUUGUGACUGGUGUGGAGCCAAGCCUGGUCAUGCGGUCAGUUCUCUGACCUGUUCUCAAUGUGGAGCGAGCAGCCACCCUUACUCUAACUACUGCGGAACCUGUGGUGUGUUUCUGGAGGGUCCCCCCCGAUUGUCCACCCGCACCAACCAGUUGGGUCCACAAGAGGUAUCUGCCAGUGCCCCCUCCUCUGGAGUGGAUGUGUCACCAGUGAGUCCAGCCAUGCGUGUGGAUGCGCAAACGCAGACCACAGGCCUCUUCUACCCCUCCAGCACAGAGCUGCAGAGGCGGGGCCAGCAGAGGGAGGCGGAGCUAAGCAGGCAGGAGAAGAUGAGUGAUAGGAAGCCUCUCCUCACAGCCAUUAGUCCAGGACGAGGCUUCUGGAGGAAGCAGCUGGAUCAUAUCUGUGCUCACCUGCGCAGCUACACGCAGAACAACAGUGAGUUCAGAGCCCUGAUAGGAGAGCCCAGGAUGGGAAGGCUGAUUUCUGCUGUCAUUGAGGAGGACAGUUAUGAAGUCAGCCUGCGUGUUAACUUCAUUUCAGCUGCUCCACAGAGAUCCAAGACGUUUCCGGGAGGACAUCUGAACGGAUCUGUGUCUGAGAUACACAACCUCAGCGCUGUUACAGAGGGCGGAAGCAACUUAACAACAGGCCUGACCAGUCUAGUGAGUGAGAAUGGGACAGCAACACCAGGGACAAGCACUAAGAACCAGAGAAAGAGCCGCGCUUCAGCCAUAGGAGAGCAACCACCGGAGUCCAAAAACAGCCUGCUGCUAAAGGAGGUGGGGCCAGAGGGGCGGGGCCGAAUCUCAGUGGUGCAGCAGCUAUUGGAUGAGGGUGCCGACCCAUCAUGCCUAGGCAGCGAUAGACGCCCUGCUCUGGUUUCCGCAGUGAUUAACGGGCAUCAUGAUGUCAUUCCCAUCCUGGUGCAGAAAGAUGCGGACGUCGACCAGCAGUCUGGACCGUUGAAUAACACAGCCCUGCAUGAGGCUGCAGCUCUGGGGAACGAAGGCCUGCAAAGUGCUGAGAUCCUGCUUGGGUGCAACGCGAGUUUGAGGAAGCUGAACGCUGAGGGUCAGACGCCGUACGACGUAGCAGAAUUAACCGGCUGCAGCUCAAUGAUCUCCCUGCUGACAGCUCACAGGGGGCGGGGCCUAAACCAAACCCUCUCCAACUCCAGAAGCACCUCUGGACUCGACACGUUCUCAUAGCGUGUUUGCACAGCCAAAUGAAAUGCUGACAUCUGAUUGGACUUAUGGAUUCAGGGAUACUGUUAGCAUAUGUGAAUUAGCUGAAAACACUGAGGCUCUACACCUCCCUGUGUUUACAUUCACUGUCCAUUUUAUCAGCUCCACUGACCAUAUA